AUGAAAAGAGCUCCAAAACUAUCUUUCCUUAUACUAUGUUUACUACCUUUGUUUCUUGGAUCCAAAGCAGAGCAAUGCGGUAGCCAAGCUGGUGGAGCUGUAUGCCCAAAUGGGUUAUGCUGCAGCAAAUUUGGCUUUUGUGGUAGCACUGAUCCUUACUGCGUAGAUGGUUGCCAAAGCCAAUGUAAAUCUUCUCCAACACCGACAAAACCAACACCUAGUACUGGUAGUGGUAGUGGAGAUGUUGGAAGGCUUGUUCCUUCUUCUCUGUUUGAUCAAAUGCUUAAAUACAGAAACGAUGGACGAUGUGCUGGUCAUGGAUUUUAUACCUAUGAUGGUUUUAUUGCUGCUGCUAGAUCUUUCAAUGGUUUUGGUACAACUGGUGAUGAUAACACAAAGAAGAAGGAACUCGCUGCUUUCUUGGCUCAAACUUCUCAUGAAACCACAGGAGGAUGGCCAAGUGCACCAGACGGUCCAUACGCGUGGGGAUAUUGCUUUGUGUCCGAACAAAACAGUCAGGGAGACUUUUGUACGUCUAAAGAUUGGCCAUGUGCUGCUGGUAAAAGAUACUAUGGAAGAGGGCCAAUUCAACUCACUCACAACUACAAUUAUGGUCAAGCAGGUAAAGCAAUUAAUGAAGAUUUAAUAAACAAUCCUGACUUAGUGUCUACAAACCCAACUGUAUCAUUCAAGACAGCCAUAUGGUUUUGGAUGACCCCACAGGCAAACAAGCCAUCAAGCCAUGAUGUGAUUACUGGAAGAUGGACUCCAUCUGCUGCUGAUAGCUCAGCAGGACGGGUCCCCGGAUAUGGCGUGAUCACCAACAUAAUUAACGGAGGGCUUGAAUGCGGCCAAGGCCAAAAUUCUAAGGCCGAUGAUCGGGUCGGUUUUUAUAAAAGGUAUUGUCAAAUAUUGGGAGUGGACCCUGGUAGUAACUUGGAUUGCAACAACCAAAGGCCAUUUGGUUAA